AUGACUUGCAUUUUAUUAGAUUGGUUUCAGGGUAUUUGAUAUUAUAUAUCAACAUCUGAAUCUUGACAAAAGACUUUUUUAAAUUAUGUACAAAGAAUUUUUAUAAACAAUAAUGUCCAUGAGUAAGAAAAUUCACUUAAUGAUAGCACAGGAAAGUUGCAUUUUAGCAAGCGUCUUUUUGUUAACAUGAUAAACCCUAAAUACGUCAAUAUCUGACUCCAAUGACUGUAUCAUUUUUUUUUUAUUUUUUUUUUUGAAACAAACUUUAUAGGGGUGUGCUAUUAAGUCGCCUGAGGAACUAAGGAACUUUAGUAAUUUUACUGAAAUCACACAUAAUAGGGUAGAACAAUAAUCUUAGAGCAGCGAAAUACAAGGCAAAAAAUAUUUAAAAAAGGCCUUUUUAAUUAUUUUUUCUCCCGUGAAAUAAACUAUUAAUUCUGAUGAAGCGUAACCUCAGAUAUUAGGGUCUAUGAAAAAAUUCGCAAGCUAAUCAGCAUUAUUCGUUAUCGAGUAAGGUAAAUGGAAGCCACAAUGUUUACUGUGUUUUAAUUAUCAUUUGCCUAAUACUGAUAAUACUAAUACUUGAAUUACUAAUACUUGAAUUACUAAUACUUGUGUUAUACUAGUGUUGUUAUAUAGAUAUAUAAUAAUGAAAUAAGAGAUGACAUCCAGCAGCUCAAAAACAAGUGACAGUGUUAAAAGAAAGUUAUCAGAUGGCUGUGAAAAAUCCAAUUGCAGAUAUGGAAAAAGCUGUUAUCGCACUAAUCCUACACACUUCGAAGAAUUUAAUCACCCAUUAGAAACAGAUGCAAAAAGAACAAAGUACUUAUUUGAUAAGGACAAAGUUUCACCGAAAUAUUUUUUAACAAAAGUGCAAGGAAUUGAUGAUUGUUUUAACCAAGAAACUGUUGCAAUUGGUAUUGAAGAUAUUUUAAAGGAUAAUCAUCGAGAACUUGUUGAAUCUGUUCAGGUGUGUUUAUAUUUUCUCUUCUGGCCAAUCAGCAGCUGUUGGUUUCUUUAAAUAUUCUUUUGAAUAUAGGUAUAGUAUUCUUCUGACAGUGAUUGUUAGGACUUUUUAUACAAAACAAUGCUAAGAGAACCAAAAAAAAUCUUGCCAAGGACUAAAUGCAAGUUGUAAAGUAAAAAAAUGUUUUUUGGGCUUAAACUUUCAGAUGUGCAUUUCAGUAUACCAGUAUUGAACUCCACGGUCAACAUCACUGACAGAACAAGCAUAUUGUGAUGCUUAACGUAAAUAGCAUGUAAUGCUUAUGUGUGCCCAGUAGCCCUUUUUAGAAUUAUUCAACCAUUUACAUAACAGGAAACUCAAGUAAUGUAAUAUUUUAAUUAAUAAAAAUUAAUCAUGGAAAAAGUGACAGGAUAAUGUACCCAGUAGCCCUAUAAAUUAGGUGAUAGAUUUUCUUAUGUUAGAAGUUCUUGGUUACCAGCCAUCACUAAAUUACUUAAAUCGUAUGUAAAUUCUAGAGCUGAAAGUUAAUUUUAUAACCAAUGGUGACAAAAGACAGCUGUGAAUGUGGUACCUAGACCAAGAAACUUUAACAUACGUUCCAUCAGUAUUGGAAGUUUUUUGUAAUGUUGGUAAUAUUUUAACAAACUCAAAUUAUAAAAAAUGGCUGAUCAAGGAGACAAACACAACGACACAUCUUCUUAAUGCCCUGUUCUUUUUUUACACUUUUUAUUGUGCAGUUCGCAUUUUUUGGCUCCAUAUGAAAAGCUUUUUAUAGCUACCUAUAGCUUGCUAGGUAAGGACCAAAAGACAUUCAUUUUAUGUUUUUGAGUUGUCAGGGCGUAAAUGGAUAAUUACAUUUACCAGAUUACAAAGUUUGUCAAUAUGUUUUAUAACAAGUUUACUCACCUUACUUAAAGCGAAACGCUCCACAGUGUUGUUGAGAAGAACCCCCCCUCCAUCAUUUUCAAGGAGUGAUUAUACUGCCUCCAGAUUUAAUACCUAACAUUUACAACAUCGAGAUGAGUGAAAGGGGGUCUACUGCCACCCUAUUUAGGGUACUGUAACACUGCAGUAUACUGCUACUAGCUAAUGGAAUCCUAGGGUAGUUUUAACCUAGUAAUGCUGUGUUCAGUGUGACUAGGUAGCCUUUUGACAUAACGCAGCAGUUAUAGCAGAAUUAUUUCCUUUAAAUAAUCCGCUGUACCAG